CUCACAAUGGAAGGCAAAAAUAUAAAUCACGGUGGACGUUACCGGCGUUGUUCUAGUUUCAUCUCCUUUGAUUUGUUCCGCUUCUACUUUUCUGGGUCCAAUUUAGUUUUCUUCCCCUGAUUCUGGGUUUUGUUGGGCACCUCAAGGUGUGUAUACUUGCUUGGAGUUUCGAUAUCUUUCAUCUUUCUUGUGUUGCUUGCUGCGCCUCUAGGGAUUUCUACUGUUCAUAUUAUUAUUAGUUUGACAGUGUAGUUUGUUGCUGCUGUACUGGAAUGAAUAGCGUGUUCAGCGAGCAAAUACUUGCCGAUAUGCUGUCGAAGCUCAAUAGCACGCAGCAGUGUAUUGAAAGUAUCCUUUUCAUUUGCUUACUCUUCUGUAAUGCUAUACUUCCGUUAUCGUUGCGCCAUUUCUCAUCUCUUUUUAGGUUGGGAUAAUCUUGUUGCCUUUGAUUUCCAUUGUUUUGGGAACUGGUUGUUGCAACAUGGGAUAAGCAAUUCCACAAUUCAGAAAUGGCCCAGAAAGUUCCUCUUCUGUAUCUUGCUAAUGAUAUCUUACAAAACAGCAAGCGUAAGGGAAAUGAAUUUGUUUCUGAGUUCUGGAAGGUUCUUCCAUCAGCGCUUAAGGAUAUUCUUGACCAUGGUGACAACCAUGAAAAGAAUGUGAUUUCCAGAAUGGUAGAUAUAUGGGAACAAAGGAAGGUAUUUGGAUCCCGAACUCGAAGCCUCAAAGAUGUAAUACUUGGGGAAGAGGCACCUCCACCUCUAGAGUUUAGUAAAAAACGUACUCGAUCAGUCAGAAUAGUCAAAAGAGAUUCAAGGUCGAUUAGAACACAAUUGUCUAUUGGAAGUACAGCUGAAAAAAUUGUAUCAGCAUUCUACCUGGUUUUGAGUGAAUGUUCUAAUGAAGAAACUGAGAUGACCGACUGUAACUCUGCAGUUCAACGUGUACGGAAGAUGGAAAACGAUGUGGAUUUUGCUUGUUCCAUGGCGAAGAAUCCUCAGCGUAAAAAGUUAGCCAAAGAACUGGAAGAGGAAGAAAGUAUUCUGAAACAGUGUAUUCAGAAACUACAAUCAUUUGAAGCCAAUCGGAUGGCACUUAUAUCUCAUUUAAAAGAAGCCCUGCAUGUUCAGGAAUCAGAGCUAGAGAAUAUUCGAACACAGAUGCAGGUAGCUCAGGCUCAGGCAGAGGAGGCUAAAAAUGUGCAAAAUCGGUUAAACGAUGAAGGUUAUCUAUCAAAACGUUCCACAAUCAAUUCAAAUGCGAAAGCUGGACGGAGUCCUAACAAGUCUGCUGCAGCCAUUGCAGCAGAGGUUUCUGUCAAGCUCGCAGCUUCUAGCUCGUAUCAAAUGAUCAUGACAUCGGUUCUCUCCACAUUUGCAGCUGAGGAGGCUAAGAAUACUGUUCUAACAAAGACCAAUAACGGAUCGAAUGCGUUCACGCCCAACCCCGUGCGCUCUGCCAAUUCUAUUACAAAACCUGAAGCAUCAGCCAUUGUUUCAGAUCCUAAUGUUUUCAUGUCUAUGCAGCCCCUUCCUGCACCAGCUAACCAUUCAUAUCAAUCAGUUAUGGUGCCCCAACCGGCAAUGCAAAGCCAAGCCCCCAAUUCACAAACUCCAUAUCAGAUGCUUCCGAACGCACCUUCCCAGCAAUAUAUGCAGCUCUCGAAUGGAGUCUUAACCCCAUAUGGUUAUGGUAGUCUUCCAAGCUCGACUCCGGUACCACCACCGCCUAUUCCCCGUAUGGUUAGUCCAAUGGUGCCCUUGACUCAGCAGUUGCUGCAACAGCCAAUGCCCUUAGCUCAGCAACCAUCACCUAUGAUACAAACACAACCAGUCCCUUUCGCACAGCAACCAUUAGCACCUAGUUUCCGACCGCCUUAGCCGCCCGGGAUGGUGUAUUAUGGACACCUUCCCCCUUCUCGGUGAAAAUUUUGUACUAAAGGUACCCUCCCCCUUCCUGUAAAUUUAGCAUCUUGAGCUGACUUAUUGUACAUUACCUUAUCCUUUGAAUGUCAGGCCAUGUCAUAGACAACACCACACUAGUCGUUGCUCGUAGCUCUCCGAACGUACGAGCCUGUGAAUGAAGCAAGAUCGAAAUCAUAUGGAGCUGUGGCGGUAAGAACUUGCGAUAUCUACUGCAUAAUUUUGAGAUAAUGACAUUAAGAUCAGUCUCUUUCUCCCUCAGCCUUACUUGGUGGGUGAAAAUGUAGAAAGUAUGGAAAUAAUGUAACUGGUACAGGGCUCCACACUUUUGGGAGAUCACUCAGCCCACCCUACAGUUUCUUAAAUAGGUUCCAUAUCGUCCAGUUCAAUUGUACUGAUAAAAGAACAAGCAGACGACAGAGACAACGAGCUAGCCCGCCCACACGAAUGUCGAUGUUCUUCAGCGUUGAAGAUGUAAAGGAGCUAGCAAUGGCUGGCUAGUAGGCUUGUGGCAGCAGCCUCCAUGAAAGUUGUAUAAGGGAGUUUCAUGGUUAUUGGGUCAGCUUGGGAAUGAAAAUUCAAAGGCUCAAAACCAUAGGUCAAUUGAGAGCUUAGCUUAAUUUUAAAUGAUAGAUUGAAGCGGGACGAAUAAUCAAUAAUCAAGGUGUAAGAAGUGAGUCGUUCGUGGAUUGGGUUGAGUCGGGUUGAGACAUUUUUUUAAAGUAACCCAAUUGAUGUGAAUAGUAAAUUUUUAUUUUUAUUUAAA